UGGGGGCGGGCCUCGGCCAAUGGGCGACGCCGCUCCGGGAGGCGGGACCGUGUUACCUUGGCGGCGCGCCUGCCGGAAGCCCGCGUCGGCGGCCACGCGCAGGAUGGCAAAACGGAAGAGAAAAAGUACCGAAAUGACAGAGAAAAAGAACAAAAAAUCGAAGAAGGCGUCAGCGAAGGAGAUGCCACCCGCGGCCACACCGGGCACCGGGGAAGCGCACGCCGAGGGAGGAGCCGCCUGGGGCGCCGAACACGACACGGCCCUCAAGCUGCCUGAGCUGACCCCAGAGGAGAAGAGGGUCCUGGAGAGGAAGCUGAAAAAGGAGCGGAGGAAAGAGGAGAGGAAGCAGCUUCGGAAGGAUGCAGUCCCGAGCGUGCCGGCCAAGCCCUCCGGGGCCCAGCUGGCCCUGGACUACCUCCGUGGCUGGGCCCAGAAGCACGAGAACUGGAAGUUCCAGAAGACGAGGCAGACCUGGCUGCUACUGCACAUGUAUGACGAUGACCAGGUUCCCGACGAGCUCUUCUCCACCCUGCUGGCCUACCUGGAGGGGCUGAGGGGCCGGGCCCGAGAGCUGACGGUGCAGAAGGCCGAGGCCCUGAUGCAGAAGUCAGACGAGGCCAGGGGCGCGGACACCCUCCCGCUGGGGACGAUCCAGCGCGUCCGGCAGGUGCUACAGCUGCUGUCCUAGGGCUGCCGGCGGGCCGGUCACUGCCGCAGCCCCAGGCGGUCCCGGGCCUCUCGGUGAGGGCGACCGCGUCCUCCCAGCAGUGGGGCCCCAGCGAGGGGCAGGCGGGGUCAGCAGCAGGGCAGCGGCCCGUGGGCCCGGGGACUUCCGGGGGCCGGGCCCCUGGCCCUCGGGAGGACUGACUCCACGAUGACGGGUUUUCAUGCCUUCACAACCGAACGGGAGCACUUGGGGGGUCACCUAGAGACGCUGGCCUGGUCUCUCCGUGGCCUCAGAGCCCACAGGGAAGCCGAGGGAAAGGCCUGUUUUCUACUGGAAUGACUCAGAAAUCCACCAGAGCCAGCCCUUCCCGCCAGCAGGGGUCCGUCCCCGUUGGGGGCUGAGGGCGGUCCCUCCGGUGGCGGCCAGGGCUGCCUGGUCACCUGCCUGCGUUCGCCGACCUUUUCCACUCCUGUUUGCAGUAAAAGCAUCCCGUGUCGGC